UGGGAAGACCUCAGGCUAUGCGACGACGCGACUGACGACUACUUCCGCGAUAAGCUGUGAAUGUCGCCGCAAGUGUUCCAGGAGAUCGCGGAGGUGUGUGUGCCUCAUCUUCAGCGGCAGGUGACGUUCUAUAGGGAGCCUUUGCAGCCGGACCAGAUUGUGGCGUACGCACUGUACAGGUGGGCUUCAGGUGAGACGUAUCAGAGCAGCACGUGCAACUUCGGGAUCGGACGAGCUUCUAGGCUGAUUGUCGUCCACGACAUGACUGCCACUCUGCUGAGGGUGUUCGGCGAUAAGAUAGCGUGGCCGACGGGAGUUCGUAAACAAGUCGUUCUUCGGGCGUUCGUUGAUAAAGGCUUCCCCAACUGCCACGGUUGCAUUGAUUGCACUCACAUCUACGUCGACAAGCCAGCGAAUGCUCCGAGCGAAAAUUACUACGACAGGAAGCGCCGUUUCUCCAUCGUCUCGCAGGUCGUUGUCAACUUGGACUUGCAUGUGUUGGACGUGCACAUGGGAUACCCCGGUAGCUGCCACGACAUCAGGGUGCUGCAGUUGUCCAGCCUGUCGCUGCGCGCAGAGGAGGGGUCGUUGUUCCGCGGGCCCCCCGUCACACUGCCGUUCGGUGUGAAGACGAACAGUUACCUUCUGGCGGACAAUUGGUACCCCCCUGCCGAAUGGAUGGUUGUCCCGUACGGCGGUAUCAAUCAGAGCGUCGAGCAGGAGCGGUUUGACAACAAGCAGAAGGUGGCAAGGGGAGCGGUGGAGAGGGCGUUCGGCAGGCUGAAGGGCAUGUGGCGGCUGUUUCUCCGAACACACAAGACAAACCUGGAGACGCUCUCGCAGCAGUUCACCGCCGUCUGCAAACUGCACAACUUACUGAUCGACGCGGGGAUCCUCUUCGAUGAGAAUCUGCUGUGGGAGGUCGACAGUAAUGGUGUGCGACGACGAGUGGACCUGGGGAUCGACGAGCCCCUCCAGCUUGUGUCGAUGUUGAUGUUGACCCACGAAGCCUUAGCCUUGAGGCAUGCUUUGGCGGAACGAAUGAAACAUGAAUGAGUCGUGUAUCAUUCAUGGACGAC